CAGCAGAAAAUUUGAAAAACAUAAGAAAUUAUUUAAGAAAAUGUCAGUGGAAACCGGUGAUCAGGGUAGACAUCAAGAGGUUGGCCACAAGAGCCUUCUGCAGAGUGAUGCUCUUUACCAGUAUAUUCUUGAAACUAGUGUCUACCCAAGAGAGCCAGAGGCCAUGAAAGAACUCAGAGAAUUGACUGCCAAGCAUCCCUGGAAUAUUAUGACCUCCUCGGCUGAUGAAGGGCAGUUCUUGAACAUGCUAUUGAAAUUGAUCAAUGCCAAAAACACAAUGGAAAUUGGUGUUUACACUGGCUACUCUCUCCUGGCCACUGCCCUGGCACUUCCAGAGGAUGGGAAGAUAUUGGCAAUGGAUAUUAACAGAGACAAUUAUGAAUUGGGUUUGCACAUAAUUGAAAAGGCUGGAGUUGCCCACAAAAUUGACUUCAAAGAAGGCCCUGCUUUGCCUGUUCUUGAUCAGAUGAUUGAAGAUGCGAAGUAUCAUGGAACAUUCGAUUUUAUAUUUGUGGAUGCUGACAAGGACAAUUAUAUCAACUACCACAAGCGAUUAAUUGAUUUGGUCAAAGUUGGGGGAGUGAUUGGGUACGACAAUACCUUGUGGAACGGGUCUGUAGUGGCCCCACCUGAUGCACCAAUGAGAAAGUAUGUCAGGUAUUACAGGGAUUUUGUGUUGGAGCUUAACAAGGCUUUGGCUGCUGAUCCAAGGAUUGAGAUCUGCAUGCUACCAGUGGGUGAUGGAAUUACCCUGUGCCGCCGUCUUAGCUGAGCACUUCUUGAAAAUUAUUAAUAUUAUCUUCUUUUUGCUUUUAACUUGUAAUUGUAAUUGUAAUUGUAUUUUAAUAUGGAGAGCAAACAAAUCCCAAAAAGACAAUAGUAUUUCUCUCCACUUCUCUUUCGCUUCGCUUGGAACGAGCUACACGACCUGUACGGAUGACUGUGGGGAUGACCGCGCACACUCAUAUAUGGAGGUCGGUAUUUUUUUUUAAUCACUUGGGACUCACCUCGACAUGUGAGAGUGCAGUCACCCACUGUGUCGAUCAUGAUGUUCGUUUGGCAUUUUUCCGUUUCGAAUUCAAUUUUGAGUGUUUUCUUGUCCCACCAACUUUCCCACCAUUUACUGAAAAAAUAUAAUUCAAAAGUAA